AGUCGCAUUUUGUGAUUAAUUUCAGCUACAAGUUUUAUGUCCAAAAAUGAAAUCGUCUAGAAAUUUCGUAUUAAUUCUCAUCAUCGCAGUCAGCAUAGCUAUUAAUGGUUCAUCAUCAAGCUCCGUCGACGGUGAGAUGUGUAGAUGUGGAAGAAUCUACGAUCCAGUCUGUGCAAGUGAUGGAUCUAUCAACAAGACAUAUGACAAUGAGUGCAUUCUUAAAUGUGAGCAGAAAGAUGCAAGAAGAAGUGGCAGAAUGCUUAACAAAAUGUAUGAAGGAGUUUGUCAAACAGACGAGGAUGAAAUGUGAUUGAACUUUUUUUUUAUGGAACGUGACAAAAUGUAGAAUUUUGACUUAUGCUGGUACUGAAAUUUGAACUCUUUUUUACUUUCUCGGUUAGACGUGAUGGACUAUUUUUAGAUUACUAGAAACUUUUCAUCUCCUUUUUAUGGCUGUAAUGUAUCAAAUGUUAUGGACGUUCAAUGAAAUUUUAU